AUGGCUUCCCGCAAGACUGUGAGCCGCCGUGCUCGCCCACAACGUGCGACCAGCAAUGUUUUUGCGAUGUUCGACCAAGCGCAAAUCCAGGAAUUCAAGGAGGCUUUCAACAUGAUUGACCAAAAUAGGGAUGGUUUCAUCGAUCAAGAAGAUCUUCGCGAUAUGCUUGCUUCGCUUGGCAAGGAAGUUGAAGACAAAUUCUUGGAUGAGAUGGUCACCCAAGCUCCAGGACCAAUCAAUUUUACGAUGUUUCUCACGUUGUUUGGUGAAAAGCUGACAGGAACUGAUCCGGAGGAUGUGAUUCGCAACGCAUUCCAAUGCUUCGACGACGACAACUCGGGAAAAAUUACUGAGGAUCGCUUGCGAGAGUUGCUUACAACGAUGGGUGAUCGCUACUCACACGAUCAAGUGGACGAACUUUUCCGUGACGCUCCAAUCAAGGAUGGAAUGUUUGACUACAUCGAGUUCACUCGUAUGCUCAAACAUGGAACCAAGGACACCGAUGCU